AUGAAGACUCCCAAGGUCGAAUUUCUGAGCUUUGCCGACUCCAAGAAAGCGGCGCGUACGCUAUACGAGUCCUUCGAUAAUGACGAUGUGGCACGGUACGUUUCGCGCCACCUGGAACACGAUCCCGAGCUCAGGGAGAAGUGCGACCUGCUCAUGUACGAAGCGUAUGUGCAUUCGCAUAUUCUGAAGGGUCUGGUUGUCGGGGUGAAGGGUGAAGACCACGAGAAUCACAAUACAUUUGAGACGGUCGCCGUUUUCGCGCACCCUGAAUCCGCCGUCGACGACUAUCUGACGCUUGUGCGGUCUGGAUUUGCCAGACUGGCCUGGCUGACGGGCGCAGAGGGCCGUCGUCGAGUGUUUGGCACCCUGUUCAAGGUGCUACACGAUAAUUAUGCGGACAUCAUGGCUGUGGACCCGGACGGAGCGAACACAUGGACCCUUGUGUAUCUGGGCUCUACCCCGCGCGCCCGUGGGAAGGGUAAUGUUCGCGCCGUCAUGGACUAUGUGUUCACCAACCACAUCGACCCGGCCAACGCCACAACGUAUUUGGAGAGCAGUUCGCUAAAAAAUCUCCCCAUCUACGCCAAGUUCGACUUUGUGCCUGUGGCUGAUAUCUGGCUGGGGGACAAGACAAACACGGCCGACAGGGCUCGGAUGGAUGUCAUGGUGAGGGGCCCAAAGGGGCAGCGGUGGAAGUAUGUUGACGAGAUCCGCAGAAAAUAUAACUACGAGCUGCCAAAUUAA